AGCCACUCUUUCUCCUUACUCCAGAUGCCUUCAGGUUCCAACUGCAGGGUGCUUGUAGAUACAGCCUCCCGGAGCUCGUCUCCUGCACUCCUGAUUAGCGCAGCACGGGCACCUGAGCUUGCCUGGCCCCACCUCUGCCUUUCCGCAUCCCCACCUCUUCAGUUCUUGUCCUGGGAAGCCUUUGCACGCUUGCCUGGCCUUGACCUCCACAGCCUGCACUUCGCUGGCCAGCCCAACCGCACCAAAAGGGAUUCCCGGGUGCAAGAAGCUCUAACCUCCAGCUAAUCAGAAGGGAAACACCCGGGGCGUCUCCGCGACCUUCUCGCGCCCUGCCAUACAUAGUGACAUUUCCGGCACUGGGAGCAGCUAAGACACGGGAUUUGCACCACAACCUCUGGAGCCCCAGGCUUCGGGCGGCUUCUUGGAUUACUCCCCUGAGCGCGAAGGAAAAAGCCGGCUUUGCUCGGCGCUGCGAGGCAGGAGCAACGGGAGCGGCUCCGGGCUAGGAGAAUGCUGCUGCCCGGGGCUCGGGGCGCGGCCAGCCGCAGCUUCUCCGCGAGGGGUUAACUGCAGCUCCUGCAGCCCGGCGGGCGCGAUUGCUUCCUCUCCCACUGCCCGGGAACAUGGAUACCAGGCCCACGAGAUGUUCGCGGGCUGGGCCAGGCAGUCAGGAAACAUGAGAAGGCCUCGGUAUUCCGGGUCCCGGGCCGCGCGCGCCCGUCUGGGUAAAUAAAGCCGAGACGGCGGCGGUGGCGGCGGUGAGCUCCUCGUAGCCUGCGCUGAGAACAUGCGGCGGGGAUGGGAGUGUGCCUAGCCCCGAGGAGGGACAGUCAGCCGCUGGCUGCGGGCCCCGCGGCCACAGAACCCGAGCCCUGCUGCGGAGCUCCUGGCGGCCCGGCUCCGAGGCGCUGCGGCAAAGCCGCACAUCCCUGCCAGCUGUCACCAUGAACACCAUCGUCUUCAACAAACUUGGGGGAGCCGUGCUUUUUGAGGACCGAGGCACCCCGGAGCGGGAACGUGGCAGCCGGCCAUACGGUGGCGGACUGGACAAUCCACACACACGCCCGGAGGUGGGCAUUCCAGACGGCCCGCCCCUCAAGGACAACCUCGGCCUGAGACACCGGAGGACCGGGGCCCGGCAGAAUGGUGGGAAGGUAAGACACAAGCGACAGGCUCUGCAAGACAUGGCAAGGCCUCUUAAGCAGUGGCUUUAUAAGCACCGUGACAACCCGUACCCCACGAAGACUGAGAAGAUAUUGUUGGCCCUCGGCUCGCAGAUGACGCUAGUACAGGUGUCAAAUUGGUUUGCUAAUGCUAGACGUCGGCUGAAGAACACGGUUCGUCAGCCAGAUUUGAGCUGGGCCUUAAGGAUAAAGCUAUACAACAAGUAUGUGCAGGGCAAUGCCGAGCGGCUCAGUGUGAGCAGUGACGACUCCUGCUCUGAAGAUGGAGAAAACCCCCCAAGAAAUCACGUGAACGAAGUGGGCUAUGGCACCCCUGCCCAUCACACUGUGAUUAAAGGGGAGAGCUCAGUGAUAAAGGCUGGAGUGAGACCAGAGUCAAGGGCGCCCGAGGACUAUGUGUCACCUCCCAAGUACAAGAGCAGCUUGUUGAACCGUUACCUUAACGACUCUUUGAGGCAUGUCAUGGCCACAAGCACUGCCAUGAUGGGGAAACCAAGGCAAAGGAACCACUCGGGGUCUUUCAGCUCCAAUGAAUUUGAGGAAGAGCUGGUGUCUCCGUCGUCAUCAGAAACCGAAGGCAACUUUGUCUAUCGCACAGACACUCUGGACAUCGGCUUGAAUAAAGGUGACAGUGCAGCUAACAGAAGAGGCGUAACAAGCGAGGGUGACACGUACUGGAAAGAGAUCAGUGCAGCCGUGGCCUUAACAAACCUCGCCCAGGGACAAGGUGAAGUGCAGGGGACCACCAGCUGCAUCAUCCAGAAGUCUUCCCACAUAGCAGAAGUAAAGACAGUCAGGCUGCCUCUGGCACAGCACUUCUAGUGUGGCCGGGGGCACUGAGCAUGUCACUGAUUUUUGGUUUUUUGGUUUGUUUUUUUUUUUAACCUAAAUCUUCAUCCUAAGAGCCAAAGCAGGGGUGAAGAGGACUCCAAUCCAAACCUCCUAACUUCAGCUAUCCUAAAUAUAUCAGUUGCUUCUAUAAAAGACACAUAAAUUAUAUAAAAAAAUCAUUUUAAUCAAAAAUAUUAACUUAUUUUAUGUUCCUGAAACUAUGCAUAAAGCAUCUAUCUGAGUUACCGUUACAGUAAGUGCCUUGCUUCCCUGAGAUAAGCUCCAACGUGGGCACAGUGGAGAGCUGUGCCUCAAACAGCAGACGCCGCCGACGCUUGCUAGACCGCAUCGUUCCAAACUGGUUCCGGACCAAAGCCAGAAUCGCUGAAAGCCCUUGAAAGUAAUUCAGUCAUUCACACAUGAAAACUUGGAAAUCUGUUCAGCCCAGAUGAAGUGUUUUUGCUUAUAUAUUUUUUUCCUGGUAAUGCCUACAGGACUGGAAAUUGUUCUUUGUGUUUUCCAGGAUGAUGGUGAGAAUUUUAUGUGUUUGCAUCUCUGAUAUGAUAGCAGCUUCCAAAAUGAAAGGGGCAGCCAGCUUACAUGAUAUAUAUGUUUAAGAAGAGACACUUUCAAGCUAGUAAUUACAGCACGCUGUAAUCAGAAAUUAGUUUCCCAAGCAAUGUGGAAAGCAUCCCAGUGCCCUUUACAACUUAUUUGGAUUUUUCUUUUUCUGAAGUUUUGCAAAGAGCCUUAUGAUAUAAAUGACUGAAUUUUUUUUUCCCUGUGUAAAACUAGUUUUUAGUUUUAAGACAUAAUCUUGUUUGCAUUGGAGUGUUCCUUUGUGAUGGAAGCUGGCUUUCAUAUGGAGUAACUAAAGGAUUUUUAUUUGGUUCAUUUCAAGUCACAAUUCUAAUGGACAAUUUGUAUUGCAAUGAGAACAAGAAAAUGAAAGGAAAAUAUCUGUAUGUGGAUAUACAUAUACAUGCAGAAAAUUGAUUUUUAAAAUUUAAAACAUAUGGGAAACAAACCAUGAACAGUCUCUGAUUUGUGCCAAGUAGGACAUUCAAAUAAAAAUUAAGUGAAAUCUUGCAUUGAAGAAAGAACAUUUUGUUUCUAAAUGACACUACCACUGAGUGAGAAUAAUCGCUAUCAAGGAAGAAGAGUUUCUUGUUCAUCAACAUCCUAAUCAGCUUGGGAAGACUCGAAACGUAAAGAAAUACGGAGACGCCGCAGAGAGCAAAGCAAAUGUCCAACAGUAAAGCGAAAAGACUGGGCUAUUUUGGCGUGGGAUUUUUUUUUUUUUUUUCUGGGUAUGUAACCUAUUUUGUAAUUUUUUAGACUGGAAAGGAGUUUUGCAAGUGUGACUGACAUCCAGUAGCACAGCAUGUGCUGACAUUUUUCUUUAUUUUACAAAAUGCUUUUAUAAAAGCCAAAGUUUGCUCUGGUUGCUGCGUGGACACGACUGUCUUGAUGGCCAUCGUAGGACACUUUUUCAUGUAUCAUAGUAUUGUGGGGUGGGGGUUAUCUAGUGUAACGAAGACAAUUUGAUAUGAAAAUAUUUUGUAUGUAUAUUUUUACUUUGUUUUCUUAAGUGCAGUUUGCAGUAACAGGAAGCCCAAGGUGAGAUGUGGACAUGAUGACUGUAUGAGUGGAUGAAGUAUUGGGUUCUUCGGCUGCUUCCUUGGUACACUAAGAUCCAGGAUGGAAGGUGGAAAUCACCACAACUCUGCCCAGACGUGAGCAUGGCAGUGAAAAACAAGGACAAAUACUUCACUCUUUUUCAUACUAUUAUAAGUUAUUCUGGUAUUAAAUAUUUUAAUAAAAAUGUUUUGGUUUUACCAUGUUGCAAUUAGAUAAAAUGAAUGCUGGUUGUAUUUUA